GGGAAAGCGGCCCGCGGCGGCAGCGGGGCGGACGGGCCGGCGGCUGCCCGUGAGCGGCGGGGACGCUGCGGCUUCCCGGCACCGCUGCGGGCUGGGCUCGGAGCCGGAGCUGCCUCUCGGGCGGCGGGGGUAGCUGGCUGAUAUUUAUUUAUUCUUGGGUUUUGUCCCUGUCCCGUCUCCGCACUUUGGUUACUUUGUCUGGGCUUUUUUCCUUUUUUUUUUUUUUUUUUGGCUUGUUUUUGGCAAAGCGGAAGGAGGAUGGGGUUCGAGCUGGAUCGCUUCAACGGGGACGUGGAUCCCGACUUCAAAUGCAAUCUGUGCAACAAAGUUUUGGAGGACCCGCUGACCACCCCCUGCGGCCACGUCUUCUGCGCCGGCUGCGUGCUGCCCUGGGUGGUGCAGCAGGGCAGCUGCCCCGUGAACUGCCAGCGCAUCUCCACCAAGGAGCUCAACCACGUCCUGCCUCUGAAGAGCCUCAUCCUCAAGCUGGACAUCAAAUGCGACAACCACGCGCGGGGCUGCGAGGCGGUGGUACCGCUGCAACACCUGGGCGAGCACGCCGAGACCUGCGACUUCUCCCCCGCCAAGUGCCGCAACCGCGGCUGCCGCCAGGUUCUCAACCUCCGCGACGUGGAAGCGCACAUGCGGGAGCGCUGCGAGGCGCGGCCCGCCGGCCUCUGCGAGCAGGGCUGCGGCUUGAUGCUCACCCACGGCGAGCGUCGCGCCGGCGGCCACGGCUGUCUGCGCGCCCUGCGCGCCCACGGUGCCGCGCUGCAGGCGCGGGCGACGGCGCUGGAGAAGGCGCUGAAGAAGGAGGCGCUGCGCGCCGGUAAGCGGGAGCAAUCGCUGCUGUCGCGACUGGCGGCGGCGCAGCUGGAGCUGCAGGUGACGGCGCUGCGAUACCAGAAGCGCUUCACGCAAUACAGCGCCCGCCUCGACGCCCUGGCCCGCGCCCGCGCUGCCUCCCCCGGCAAGGGUGAGGAAACUAAAGCACUGACUCUCGUCCUUCAUCGUGACUCUGGCUCCCUUGGAUUUAAUAUUAUUGGUGGCCGGCCAUGCGUGGACAAUCAAGACGGUUCAUCUAGCGAAGGAAUUUUUGUAUCGAAAAUAGUUGAAACGGGGCCUGCUGCUAAGGAAGGAGGGCUGCAAAUCCAUGACAGGAUUAUUGAGGUCAAUGGGAAGGAUUUAUCUAAAGCCACACACGAGCAGGCAGUGGAAGCAUUCAAAACAGCCAAGGAGCCCAUUGUGGUGCAGGUCCUGAGAAGAACUCCACGCACCAAGGUCUUCACCGCUCCUCACGAGUCUCAGCUGGUAGAUGUGGGCACUCAGACAGAUAUCACUUUUGAACAUAUCAUGGCUCUAAGCAAGAUGGGCUCACCUACUCCACCCGUCUCCGUGCUAGACCCAUACCUCCUGCCUGAAGACCAUCCAUCAGUGCAUGAAUACUAUGACCCAAAUGACUACAUGGGAGGAAUUCAUCAAGAAAUGGACCGAGAUGAGUUGGAAUUAGAGGAAGUAGAUUUACAUAGAGUGAACAGCCAGGACAAGCUUGGCCUUACUGUAUGUUACAGAACAGAUGAUGAAGAUGACAUGGGUAUUUAUGUGAGUGAGAUUGAUCCCAACAGUAUUGCUGCAAAAGAUGGUCGACUCCGGGAAGGGGAUCGCAUUAUUCAGAUCAAUGGCAUAGAGGUACAGAACCGAGAAGAAGCUGUGGCGCUUCUCACCAGUGAAGAGAGCAAGAAUAUCUCCUUACUUGUUGCAAGACCAGAAAUUCAGCUGGAUGAAGGAUGGAUGGAUGAUGACAGAAAUGAUUUUCUGGAUGACUUGCACAUGGACAUGUUAGAGGAACAGCACCACCAGGCAAUGCAAUUUACUGCCAGCAUGCUUCAGCAGAAGAAGCAUGAGGAAGAUGGAGGUACCACAGAUACCGCCACCAUUUUAUCUAACCAGCAUGAGAAGGACAGCGGUGUGGGGCGCACGGACGACAGCACUCGGAACGAUGAGAGUUCCGAGCAGGAAAACAAUGCGGAUGAUCACACCACCGCCUCCAACACUUUAGGGAGCCAGAAGAAGUUGACAUAUAGUCACGACACCCUAGGAAGCGGUGAUAUGCAGUUCAGCAAUGAAUCAUUUAUCUCAGCUGACUGCACAGACGUCGACUUCCUUGGCAUCCCUGUAGACGAAUGCGAGCGAUUCCGGGAACUGCUGGAACUGAAGUGCCAGGUCAAGUCGGCCAACCCUUACAGUUUGUAUUAUCAUAACAGCACGCUGGAUAUGAGCAAAAGCGACCAAGAAAGUGUUGACAGAGAGCUGGAGAUGCUUAAUGAGGAGCUGCGCAACAUCGAGCUAGAGUGCCUGAAUAUUGUGAGAGCUCAUAAAAUGCAGCAGCUGAAAGAUCAGUACCGGGAGCCUUGGAUGCUACAUAACAGCGGGUUCCGCAACUAUAACACAAGCAUUGAUGUUCGCAGGCACGAGCUCUCAGACAUUACGGAGCUCCCUGAGAAGUCUGACAAGGAUAGCUCGAGUGCGUAUAACACGGGCGAAAGCUGCCGAAGCACACCACUCACGCUGGAGAUUUCCCCUGACAAUUCGCUGCGCAGAACUGCAGAAGGCACUAACUGUCAGGGUAAUGAGGGGGCAGUGGCGUAUAAUGUCUCCCAAAAGAAUUUAUUUGCUAGCUCAGAAAGUCAUGAAUCCAACACUGGUAAAUGCCAUGCCUCUGCUAAAGAUCCCGACCUUGGCAAGCAGCUGGAAAGCAAGGAGAGAAAAGCCAGUGAUGGAAGCAAAAGCCCUACUCAUGGUCAAAAACCUUCUGGCUCCUACGUCUCCCCGUACCAUCACUCUCCAUAUAAGCACGCUCAUAUUCCCGCCCACGCACAGCACUACCAGAGCUACAUGCAGCUCAUCCAACAGAAAUCAGCAGUGGAGUACGCACAGAGCCAAAUGAGCCUGGUGAGUAUGUGCAAAGACUUUAAUUCAAGUCAGAGCGAACCGAGGAUGGAGUGGAAAGUCAAGGUCAGAAGCGAUGGGACCCGCUACAUUACAAAGAGGCCAGUCAGGGACAGGCUGCUGAGAGAACGUGCCAUAAAGAUUAAGGAGGAGCGCAGUGGUAUGACUACCGAUGAUGAUGCCAUCAGUGAAAUGAAGAUGGGCCGUUACUGGAGCAAGGAAGAGCGGAAGCAGCAUUUAGUGAAAGCAAAGGAGCAGAGGAAGAGGCGCGAGUUUAUGAUGCAGAGCAGGCUAGAUUGCUUAAAGGAACAGCAAGGUGCAGAAGAAAAGAAAGAGAUGAAUAUCAUUGAACUGAGCCACAAAAAAAUGAUGAAGAAGAGAAAUAAAAAAAUAUUUGACAAUUGGAUGACAAUCCAAGAACUGCUAACCCAUGGAACAAAGUCACCAGAUGGCACACGGGUGUACAAUUCCUUCCUGUCAGUGACUACUGUAUAAUCAUCAUUGGUAAAUUAUGUAUAUAAAACACUACCAGUGGGGUAGAAAUCAAUGCCUCGUUCAAUGUGGCAAGAUUUUUGUAUAUAAGAUACAGUCAUCGAGUUUAUAGUUCAAAUACUGAACUCUACAACUGUGGGUGCCAGGAUCUCCAUUAUAAAGUGGAGAGGAAGCUUGCCCAUCUCCUUCAAAGGCAAUAUUAGCAGUGCUUUUUGGAAUACUGAUUGUACUUUUUUACUUGUUACCUUUUACAUGAAGUGUUUAAAUAUCAGAAAUGUAUUAACCAUACUUACACAGGUAAUUUGCUUAAACUAUAUUCAUAUUAAAAGGUACCCAAGCUUUUCUUUACCUAAAAAAAAAAAAAAAAUGCAAAAAACCCACAAGAGCAACUGCACAUAUGUAUUUUUUGUGAAACCAUAUUUUGUGAUAUUAUUUUGCUGUUGUUCACUUCUACAGAGAGUGCUUUUAUCAAUAUUUAGCUCAAGGUUUAAACUCAGAAUUAGAGUCAUUCUCUUGUAAUAUUUAACAUUAAUCAAACAGCAGUUUUUAGAGUUAUGCUCAACGUUUAAACAUUUUUGUUUUUAAGGUUUCUGAAGAAAGUAUAUAGGUUUCAUCUGAAAAGCCUGAAGCAAAGUACACUAUACUGCAGCUUUAAAGGAUUUUAAAGCAUGUUUGCAAAUGUUGCAACCUAUUGAAAAAAUGUGCAUGUACAGCUAAUUUGUUUAUAUAAGACAGUUUGUGGAAUUUGAAAAGCCCAUGGUAGUAACUGUUUGCUUUAUAGAUUUGAAUGUAUUGAAUUAUAAAAGCAGUUUCAUGAAAUCAUCAUUAGCUACAAACGUUAACGAGUAAAAUGAAGUAAAAUAAAUUAUUGUUUUAUAUUUCAAACUAUUUUAAAUUCUUUUGACUCCCUCCUGGUUUCCCCACGUAGAGUAUUCUUUCCUCGAGCAUAGCUCCUGCGAUGCAGGAAUGCCUGGACAGCCUACCGGAGUCAAACCUAAUGGGAUAAUCUGCAUCCUGACUUUGGGGGGAAUUUGGAUUGAGGUUUUCUUGAGGGAAGGAGAGAUGGAGGGAAGAGGCAAGAGAAAAGUACAAGGAGUAUCAAGAGUAGAAUCAAGCAAUGCGUAUCUUCAACUCACAAGGCAUGUAAGAUGACCUGUGAGAAAGAAAUAGGACUUCUACUCUCCCUUUGUGCUUUGUUUUGUGGUUUCUUAGUGAUAUAUAAAACUCACCUACAAACUUCAGUGUGGGUUUGCAUUAAAAACAGACAAUACAUAAAUUAAAGCAUAUAUAAAUUAAAGCAAUAUAUAUAAAUUAAAAGAGAUGGUCAAAAAGACAAAAACUAAAUGUCAAAGAGAUAUCACAUUCCUUUUCUUAUUUUUUAUUUCUAAGUAAGAAUUCAGAUAUAAAUUGGAAUAUUCUGCUGGAUUAAGUAAAGUAGACUCAUGAAUAGCUCCCAGAUUCUCCAUCCCCUCUCUCUUUUCCCUUGCCCCCACAGAAAACUUGCUCGCAAACCCUCCUAAGUUUUUGUUCUGGUCUCUUCUGUCAAAAUUAUACAGAGCAAAAAUCACAAUCUUAAUGAUGGAAGUGAAAAGUUGGAAGGGGAGAGGUUAACAGCUUCUCAGUGCCUUUUUUGUCUAUUAUCAAGAAGCAAACAACAGAUUUGUUCAGGGUUUUUCCACUCCCUUUGUGGAUUAGCACUGAAUUAGCAUCAAAUGUAUGUCUACCAUAUUCUGCACUAAACUCUUUUACAUACCUGAAAAUGCAUCUUCAGCCCAUGUAAAUUGUCACUGCCCCUUGAAAUCUGACACUCAAUAAGCCUCUGUAAAUUUAUCUUCAAGCGGUAUUUUCCUUGGGAUAAAGUACUAGUCCUACUGUAGUCUGUGAAAGAUUUUCUAUUGACUUUGUUAGAGCCAGGAUUUCACCUGACACACUACAAGCCAUUAUCAUCAGGAGUGGUACAGUUGGAAAAAUACAUGAUUUUCACAACACACUGCCUUCAAUAUAAGACACUUGCUAUCUGUCUCAAAUCUGCUUUACUCUGAGUUCAUGUUCUGUUCCUCCCAACUGCAGAUGUGAGAGCCAUAGCAAAAUAUUGCUUCUCCUCUUCACAUGCACAGGCAGAGCUAUGAUUAAUGUGGAAGCACAACCCUUAAGCCAGGCAUGAAAAGACAGUUAAGCCAUCUUUAGUCUACCUGGAAAUACUAGAGUAAGAUUUGAAAUGCUCUAAUGAGGAAGAACUAUCAUCAAGGUGUUCCUCAUAAAAAUAGGCUCUUUUGGAAUAACUUCACGGGUAAUGGUUCCUUUAGGCAUCAGUUAUAUAAAUGCUGAGCAUUGUAUGCAUGUGUGUAACAGCAGAAACGUAUUUGGGAAUUCAAGUGUGAUGUGUAGAAAUUACA